GAGGUCAACCAGCUCAACGCCAUUUGAAAACUUAGAUAGUAGACGGUAGCCAUGAGGGUGAGUGAGUGAAGGAAGCCAAGUGUUCUGAAGCGGAGGGAGCGACAGGGAAGUGUAGAGGGACUAGUAAAGGGACUCUCUCUGGUCUCUGAUUUUCAAGUUCUGAGCUUUGACUUAUCUUUAUGAACGGGGUAACCAUGUGUCCUUCAGCACCUGUCCCUUCGCUUGGUAAUAUUGAAUUCCAUUUCACUGAUGAAGAGCUUGUGGACCAUUUGGAAAGAAUGGACCGUGGGGCUCCCCUUCCAGCCAAUGUGAUUCCAGAUUUGAAUCCUUACAAUGUUUUGCCCUGGAAUUUGCCUGAUGAUGUCUGGUGCUUCUUCAAUUCAUUGGAUCCUAAAGCUACAGGUACUGGAUAUUGGAAAGCUACAGGGGAGAGACGCAGUAUACCAAAAAAUGCUACCACUACUGCUUGCAGAACUACUCUGCAAUUUUACCGAGGCAAAGCUCCUUAUGGAACUAAAACUGAUUGGAUGAUGUAUGAAUACAAGCUAUAUAGGCAGGGACUCUCUGAAAUGAAUGAGGCACUGGAUUCCAGCUCACUGUGUAGGGUCUUUCUCAAUAGCAUCCAAAGCCCAAAUCAUGAAGAGCAUCAUAACCGUACUCGUGCAGAUAAUGCUAACGGAGUUUAUAUUCAUCCAAUGUCAGCAAUCAGGGUGAAUGGAUAUGGCUCCACUAGGUCCCAGGUGAAUUCUGGUGUUAAUGAGAAUGGACCGACAGCUGUGUCUGAAAGGAAUCUGCCGAACCAGAGGCCUGAUAAUCCAGUUCAGGACCUGCGUGAAAACUAUGAUUUCUCUGCAGGAGACUUCAUAGAAUUACUUGAUCUUGUCAAUCCUGAAUCUCCUUCCAGUAGUGAAAACUCAAGUUGCUUGACCAUGUCAUCAGAUGAAUACUUCGAUUCCUUGGCCUUGUUGCGGGAUAUAGAGGCUGAAAAUACACAGAAAAACCAGACAAAUUCCACAUUCUGUGUCUCUACAUCUCACGGACCCAAACAGCUGGUUCUCAAGCCAACAUCUUCUGGUUCAGCAGUACAGCAGCAUGUCCUUGAGAACAAGAUGCAAAAACUUGUUACAGUUCAAGGCCCCCGGAAUGUACUCAGGAGCAAGAUGCACAAACAUGUUGUAGUUCAAGGUCUCUCUACAAACUCAGCAAAUGCUGUGGCAUCAUCAAGUGGUCUUCCCGCAGAUUCAGGUGGAGAAAGAAAGGUUGUUGGUUGGAUGACAAAGCUUCGGAAGAAAUUUUGCUGCUUCAUGCCAUUCUAGCUUUCUUAUGUGUGAUUAUAUAUAUAUAUAUAUAUAUACACACACACGUAUAUACAUAUUAUAUACAUAUUACCCGUUUUAUAAAAGUGUGUAGGUCAGGUUGUUUAGGCUUUGCCUGGUUGCAAGCAAAAGGAAGGGUAGAGAAGUGAAAUUGAUUUUAAAAAGAAGGAAAAUUUUGUUAUCAUUCCUAACAUGAUUGUAUAACCUACUUAAUAUUCUUACCAUAUUUAGUGAUUAUACUUUUCAAAUGUAACUUUUAUUUUACUUUUCAAAUCCAAAGGAUUUAGAUGCAAAGUAAAGUAAAGUUUAAUAACCAAAUUUGGAAUGAUUUGAAGUUAGUGACAGUCAUGUUUGGUGAACAAAUUUUGUCAUUACCUAACAUGGUUGUAUAAACUACAUAAAUAUCUUACCAUAUUUAGUGAUUAUACUUUUCAGGUAUAAUUUUUAUUUUACUUUUCAAAUAAGUAAGGUAAAAUUUAAUAACCAGAUUUAGAAUGAUUAAGUUAGUGAUGCAGUAAUGUUAGGUAAUGAUUACAAGAGUUUCUUUUUUAAAUUUGAAAAUUUUCACUUCCUUACUCUUUAUUUCUCUUGCAACCAGACAAAGCCGUAGUUUGGAUAACUAAAAGAAUGAAUAUAUGGAGACAGUAUUAUAUUUACUCUUUGUAGAGUUAUCACUUGUUUGUUUUUCUUUUCUGUCUCAUCAUUACCCCUUUGUAUAACUCACCAUAAAUGAAGUAUAAAUUUUUCUGCUC